GGAUCUAGAGCGGUGUUCGGAAAAGCCGUGUACCGCGGUACCGGUAGAAGGUAGGCUGAGAUGGAGGGUGUCCUGUUGGUUCGUGGCUUUGUCCGGUCCCUGCUGGUUCUGCUGCUGUGGUCCGGGUGUGACGGGAGAGACUCGGAGCUGAACUACGUGACCUGCGGUUCUCUGGUCAAACUGCUCAACACCAGACACAACGUCCGCCUGCACUCGCACGACGUCAAGAAGUCAGUGCGUUUGGAGAGAACGGCGAGGGAGACGACCUGGACGUGUGGACGGUUCAGUGCGAUGGCGAGUACUGGGAGCGGGACGACGUGGUGCGCUUCAAACACGUGGGCACCGACGUCUUCCUGAGCAUCACCGGCGAGCAGUACGGACACCCCAUCCGAGGUCAGAGGGAGGUGCACGGCAUGAACUCCCCCAGCCAGCACAACUUCUGGCGCACGAUGGAGGGGGUCUUCAUCCAGCCCAGCCUGGAGCCACUGCGCCACGAUGAGCUGUGACAUCAUCACUCAGGGACAGAAGGUCUGGAGACGUGGGGGCUUCCCACGACCGAUUGUUGAGUAAAUGAAGUGACUCUUAAAAACGUGAUGGUUAGAACCUGUGUUCGUCCUGCUGCUUUUACUGGUUUCUUCUUUGUUUUUGUUAUUUUUACGUGAAAUAGCCUGUUUAAAACUGAAGGUCUCUGAGUUAAACACACUGAGUUUCACUUCUUAUUCAUCUCUGACAUAAUCUCAUGGGAGAGAGCAGGGGAGAGGAUUCAGAUUGUUCUUUAAAAGAUAAACUCUCUGUUGGUAAUAAUGAUGUUUGAAGUUUUUAUUUGUUCUGGUAGCAGUGAAUAAAUGACAGUACAGCACUGUUAGAACUGUGACUCCUGCUCUGAUGAACAAUUUUUGUUUUACUUGGGAAAUUAAACCUCUGUGACCCAGCAACACAUAAGUCGAAGUAUCAGAAGAUGAGAUGGAAAUAAAACAAGUCCUGCUCAGAACUACACUCCUGCUAAACUUGAACCACUGAGGAGACUGAUUCUGUAAAACAGUUCAGCCUCAGAGACAUACUGUUUGAGAGGAACAUUUAAAAGAUGACAUUUUGCUGAUAACAGAAGUCUGCACACCUUGAAACUAAUAAUUAUUUGAAGCAUCUUCUGGUUUAAGUCCAGCCUCCAUCAUGGCAGGAGGUUCUCAGCAGACAGCAGGACCUUUUGAAGCUGGUCUUCUUUUUACAUAACUAAUAAAGUCUGGUGUAGAAGAAGAAUUCUGUUUGUUACAUUCGUUUUGAUUAUAUUCAAGAAUAUUCCUCUAGUUAACCAUCUUCACGACAUCCGUCCCUCUCUAAACAUAUGUCCAUACAGACAAACACACAAGGUUUGAAGACUCCUCCAUGUGGCACCUCCUCUACAAACCCCACAGCUUUCACCUGCAUCAGGUCUGUUUCAACGUCUUGGGUUGAAACAGUUCAGCACUGAUGUGAUGUAAUGAGGCUUUGUUCAAUGUAGUCACGUGAUCAUGGGCUCUCUAAAACAGCACUCCUAACAUCCUCUCUCCACAGCAAAAAUGUACAAAACAGGGUUUGCAAUAAAGGACAGCACUUCAAAAGCAGAUACAAGAUAUAAUGAGACAAUGGAAAGAUAAGUUUAAAGAUCAUAAGGGAGAUUUAUAUCUUAAGGAUAGGAAAUACAAUAAAAUAUAGCUAGGAGAAGGAAAAAACAGACAAUAAAUAAAUGACUCAUUUGCUGAAAACUGGAGCAGGAGGUGUCUAACAUGUUACCCUAACAUCAUUGGUACAGAAAGACUCACCUUGUGUUCCACAGAGACUCUUGUGUAAGCCUCAAACUGCCUGUCUUUGUUGCCUCUUCAGAUUCCCUCACUGUUAUGUGGAUGUUUUCAGAGAGGAACCUCACCUGUAAUCAUCACUGCACUUUCCUGCAGGUGUGCAGCCUACAUGAGGAAGCUGCUCUCUCCCUACACUUCUGUUUCUGGCUGUUCUCCCCAACUACUCAUUUUUUUAAUUUCAAUAAAACCUUUAGUUAACUCCA